AAAUUGGCUGAGGUUCCUCUCACCGGGUUUAGGCUCACUUUACUGGGGCAGCUCGCCUUAAAAUGGGUUUCCAAAGCUUUUCACAAUCGAAUCCUGUACCAAUCUCGUGGUUGGGUUAUUUUCACAGCAACCUGUUUCCGUUAUCUGCAACUUCUCUUUGCGAAGUCAAUACCAUCCUGAAUUAGGGUUCAAUGGAGACUCAGCGGAUUACGGAGCUUCCUCUAGCAAACAUGGAUAAGCGCCCUAGGAAACGGCCUAGAUUAACAUGGGAUAUGCUCCCUCCUAUUCCUCCACCCCAGGUCAUUCCAGCAAUCCACUGUGGGCAAGAGUAUGCGAGUGUAGGAGUCUCCAACUAUGCAUAUUCUUUGUAUUACAAGGAAUUGCCUCACAAUGGAUCACCUCCAUGGCGAAAUGAUGAUAAAGACGGCCAUUAUGUCUUUGCUAUUGGAGAAAACUUAAUUCCUCGAUACCAAAUUCUCAGCAAAAUGGGCGAAGGGACAUUUGGGCAAGUCUUGGAAUGUUUGGAUAAUGAAACUAAAGAACUGGUGGCAAUUAAAAUUGUGCGUUCUAUUCACAAGUAUCGUGAGGCUGCUAUGAUUGAAAUCGAUGUUCUGCAGAAGCUUGCCAAACAUGACGUCGGCGGCACUCGUUGUGUGCAAAUACGGAAUUGGUUUGACUAUCGUAAUCAUAUUUGUAUUGUUUUUGAGAAGCUUGGACCAAGCUUAUACGAUUUUCUCCGCAAAAACAGCUACCGUUCUUUUCCCAUUGAUCUCGUUCGGGAGUUUGGAAGACAACUUUUGGAGUCUGUAGCAUUUAUGCAUGAUAUGAGACUAAUUCACACGGAUCUGAAGCCAGAAAAUAUCCUUCUUGUUUCAUCAGAGUAUGUCAAGGUGCCUGAUUAUAAGUUUCUGUCACGGUCAGCUAGGUUUGGUUCUUAUUUCAAGAGCCUGCCUAAGUCUAGUGCCAUUAAACUGAUUGAUUUUGGGAGUACAACAUUCGAACAUCAAGAUCACAGUUAUGUGGUGUCAACACGGCAUUACCGCGCGCCAGAGGUUAUCUUGGGGCUUGGAUGGAAUUAUCCUUGUGAUUUAUGGAGUGUGGGUUGCAUACUUGUUGAACUUUGCUCGGGUGAUGCUCUUUUCCAAACCCAUGAAAACUUGGAACAUCUAGCCAUGAUGGAGAGGGUUUUAGGCCCUAUGCCACACCAUAUGAUGAUUAGAGCAGACUGCCGUGCUGAGAAAUACUUCAGGAGGGGUGCACGACUAGAUUGGCCAGAAGGUGCAGCUUCAAGGGAAAGCACGAGGGCUGUUUGGAAAUUGCCUCGGUUACAGAACCUGGUAAUGCAGCAUGUGGAUCACUCUGCUGGAGAUCUAAUUGAUCUAUUGCAAGGACUUCUCCGCUACGAACCAGCAGAGCGUCUUAAGGCAAGGGAAGCAUUGAGACAUCCCUUCUUUACAAGAGACUUGAGAAGGUGUGGCUAUUCAUUGUAGCUUUAAUGGCUUUAACCGUGAAGAACUCCCAUCCAAGUUUAUAGUGAGCUUGAGUGCCUAUAAAC